CCAGGGUUUAAAUUCAUCCCUCUCUGCCUGGCUCCUCGCAAAGUUCUGUUUGCCAGCUUUCCUCUAUCUCCUCCAAAGACUCUGAUACUCCCUUAAAAAUAACACAAUUCUGGAUUUAUUGGAAUUACUAAGGUGGCAAAAGAGAUCAUGGUGCACACUCUAGGGUUUCUGCUAAACUCCGAACACUAAGCUGAUCUCAAAGGGGAAAAGGCAAAACAGAACAAGCUGAAACAGCUGAACAGCGUGGAACCCCGGUUAUGGAAUACUGGCCAAUAAAUGAUUGAAGAUUGUGGGAAAAGAGGAAAUACCAUGGCAGAAAGAAGGCAGCUGUUUGCAGAAAUGCGGGCUCAAGAUCUGGAUCGCAUUCGUUUAUCCACCUACAGAACAGCAUGCAAGCUUAGAUUUGUUCAGAAGAAAUGCAACUUGCACCUGGUGGACAUUUGGAAUGUGAUAGAAGCAUUGCGAGAAAAUGCCCUUAACAACUUGGAUCCCAACCUAGAGCUGAAUGUGGCUCGCCUCGAAGCUGUGAUUUCAACUAUUUUCUACCAGCUCAACAAACGGAUGCCGACUACCCACCAGAUCAACGUGGAGCAAUCUAUCAGCUUACUGCUUAACUUUUUGCUAGCAGCCUUUGAUCCGGAAGGACAUGGUAAAAUUUCCGUUUUUGCUGUCAAAAUGGCUUUGGCGACUCUUUGUGGAGGAAAGAUCAUGGACAAAUUAAGAUAUAUUUUCUCAAUGAUUUCAGACUCCAGUGGAGUGAUGGUUUAUGGCAGAUACGACAUGUUUCUGCGGGAGGUUCUCAAGCUGCCCACUGCUGUUUUCGAAGGGCCUUCAUUUGGUUAUACAGAGCAAUCAGCAAAAUCCUGUUUCUCGCAACAGAAAAAAGUCACACUAAACACUUUCUUGGAUACUCUCAUGUCUGAUCCCCCGCCACAGUGUCUAGUGUGGUUACCACUUCUGCAUCGACUGGCAAAUGUUGAAAACGUCUUCCACCCCGUCGAGUGUUCGUACUGCCACAGCGAGAGCAUGAUGGGGUUUCGCUACCGGUGCCAGCAGUGCCACAAUUACCAGCUCUGUCAGGACUGCUUCUGGAGAGGACACGCCAGCGGUUCCCACAGCAACCAGCACCAAAUGAAAGAGUACACGUCAUGGAAAUCACCUGCUAAGAAGCUAACUAAUGCACUUAGCAAGUCUUUAAGCUGUGCUUCCAGCCGUGAACCUUUGCACCCAAUGUUCCCUGACCAGCCUGAAAAACCUCUAAACCUGGCUCAUAUUGUAGAUACUUGGCCUCCCCGACCUGUAACCAGCAUGAACGAUUCACUCUUCUCCCACUCUGUUCCCUCAGGAAGUCCUUUUGCAAACCGAAGGUUACUUGGGGGUAUAAAUGUAGCCAGUCCUGUGGCUGAUGAGCAUUCUCUUAUAAAGCUGUAUGUAAAUCAGCUUCACAACAAUUCACGGUUACAGUACAGCCUCGAUGUUGCAGACAGGCUGGCCGAUGAACAUGUACUCAUCGGGUUGUAUGUCAACAUGCUCCAGAGCAACCCCGCACGCAGCGUGCUCGACAGCGCAAGUCGUCUGGACGAAGAGCACAAGCUGAUCGCCAGGUAUGCAGCAAGGCUGGCAGCAGAAACUUCUUCAUCACAGCAGGGACAGCAGAGAGGAGCAUCAGAUAUCUCUUUCACCAUUGAUGCAAAUAAGCAGCAAAGGCAAUUGAUUGCAGAGCUUGAAAAUAAAAACCGAGAAAUCCUCCAGGAGAUCCAGAGGCUGCGGCUUGAACAUGAGCAGGCGUCUCAGCCCACGCCAGAGAAGGCACAACAAAAUCCCACUCUCCUUGCAGAGCUCCGGCUCCUGAGACAGCGGAAGGAUGAGCUGGAACAGAGGAUGUCUGCCCUCCAGGAAAGCCGGAGAGAGCUUAUGGUUCAGUUAGAAGGCCUCAUGAAACUGCUGAAGACCCAAGGGGCAGGCUCCCCUCGUUCCUCACCCAGCCACACUAUCAGCCGACCUAUUCCCAUGCCCAUCAGGUCUGCCUCUGCCUGCUCCACCCCAACCCACACACCUCAGGACUCUCUGACCGGGGUGGGAGGAGAUGUGCAGGAAGCCUUUGCACAGAGUGCAAGACGGAACUUAAGAAAUGAUUUGCUGGUGGCAGCAGAUUCAAUCACCAACACCAUGUCUUCUUUGGUAAAAGAGCUAAAUUCUGAAGUGGGCAGUGAGACAGAAAGCAACGUGGAUUCAGAAUUUGGACGGACUCAUUUUGAUGAUCUUGUUCCAUCGCCAACUUCUGAGAAGGCUUUCCUUGCACAGAUCCAUGCCCGCAAGCCAGGGUACAUUCACAGUGCUGCCGCCACCGGCUCCAUGCGCAGUGACAUGGUUACAGAAGAUGGAGAACCCUAUGUCAGAGCAGAUGAUGAAAAUUAUGAGAAUGACUCUGUUCGCCAGCUGGAGAAUGAGCUGAAGAUGGAGGAAUACCUGAAGCAGAAGCUGCAGGAUGAGGCAUACCAGGCAAGCUGCAGUCAGACGGACAACGAGAGCUACGUAAGAACUGAUGAUGAGGAGAGCUGCUUUCGGACAGAUGAUGAAGAAAACUUAGCCGCAAACUUCGCAGAAGAGUGGAACCAACAGGUGCAGCGUCUCUUGACAAAAAAUUCAAAUAACUAAGUUCUGAGGACUGUAGCACAGUACUUUUGUUCUAAGAGUUGUAGUUUGUAGAUGUGUGUUUUGACAAAAAGACUUUUGUUUAAAGCUAACUUGUAUUAGCUACAUCUGCUGUAACAUGGCUCAUUACCGAUGAAGAACAGACUGAAGUAUGUACUGCUGUUACAAAUCAUAGCAGUAUUAAUAACUCACAUAAACCCUUUGCACAUGAUAUUGAACCUGUUCAGUUUACAAUGACAAUACUGUUUAUAGAUAGAAAAUUGAUUUCUGAAUACUUUGAGAUUUUAGUAGAUCAGUUUACUAUACACUGUACAUUUUUUCCACAGAAAAGAUAAAAAGCUACAAUUAUGCAUUUAACACUGAAUGAUUAUGCUCCUGAGUGUAUAUAUCUAGUAGCCCAAAAACAAAGAACCAGACUAUAUUUGCAAUUUGUUUGCAAGUCUUUUAAUAGACUUAUACAAAAUGUGCUAAAAUAAUAAUAAUAUAAUUAUUAAUAAUAAUAAAAAGCCUCUCUAAUUUAGGGCUAAAGUGUAACUUAGGAAUGUUUUCUUUCAAAAUAAUCUAACAAAUCAGCCAUAGAAGUUAGUGUAAAUAUUUUUUUUUCCAAAUAGAUAUCAUAUACAAAAGGUGACAUUCAAAUGAUAUAGAAUCUAGUUUUUAAAUCAGUACAGAUCUUCUUAAAACUGUGAACUAUGUUUUGAAAUACUCGUUGCUAAAGCUGUUUAUAAACCACAGGUGCCAUAAGAUCCCUGAACUGACUGAUGUUAUGUAUAAUCUUCCAUUGUAUUGUUUCAUUGAUGUUUUAGCUUUAGUAAGCAUGUGUUCAACAAAUCGGCUCUUUCCGUUCCCCUGCCCCUCUGACUCCCCACUUCAUUAUGUUAUUUUUGAGGCCUUCAGCUUUAAAUGUACAGGCUUAAAGUGCGCUUGCAACUAUUUUCUUUUUAUUUCUGAAUGUGUAUUGCCUUAGCCAGCCACCAGAUGUUCUGCAUGCACUCUUGGAAAUGUGUGGUGAGACUCUCUUUCAGAGCUGGAUGGAGAAUUAGCUGUCAGUGAAAAGCACAAGAAAAGCAGUGGAUUUUUUUGAAAGAACAGGCAUACAGUUACAGAAUUAGAGUUUUGUCCAUUUUAGUAACUUUUGAGCAUAACAGAAUUUCUGGAGAAAGUGGACUAAUCUGACCAUUUUGGAUUUUGAAGUGAGCCUACUAGCUAAAAGGUGUUUGCUCUGCUGCUACUACAAAUCUACCGGUAGUUCUGAGCAGAGAUUGACACAAAAUAGCUGGAACAGCCUCCACACAGGAUAUUGCUUUGAAAUUAAGAUUACAGCAGGGUAUUACCUUGGGACCACCUCUGUACUAAGGUAAUAUUACUAUGCUAACAUAAUAUUACCGUUUCCAGUAUCUGGCUGAUCUGAAGUGACACUGUCUAGCAGUCCUGAAAACACUAGCGCUUCUUACAGAUAUUCUACCAGCACAGUCUGCCCACAGCAAGUGAUGAUAUGCUCAUCUAAAGCAGGUUAAAAUAUGCUGGUCUGUCCUCUGCUUCAUGGUUACAUCUUAGGAUGUGUGCUGCCAUAUUUACAUUAGAUUGCUACGUACCUCAACCCAGUCAAUUCACUUGCCGUUUGCAUGCAUUCUCUUGGCUGUGUCCCUGGGCACUCUGUGUUAGAGGAUGACUAUCUGUAUGAAAGAGCUACCAUUUUUCACUUUCAUAUUGUAUAUUAUUAAUUGAACAGAUCUCUUGUCCGUAUCGCCAUGCAUAUCUGGGCAUGGUCUCAGACAUCCAAAUUGAUACUAAAGCAUCCACAUAUCUUCAUGUGAGCUUUUCAUUCUUGCAAUCACUGGUCUUUGCUUCUGCGGUAUGUGCCAUCCUGGCAAGGCAGGCGCUGUAUCCUCUGAUGCCCUCUCCAACAACCUCCUUUCAGGAAUGGGUGAGCCUCCACUAGUGCCUAGCACUCCACAUUAAAACUGCUACAGUGAAGUCGUAGAUGUUGCUGUCAGCUCAGGAUUCCAGUCAAGCAUUUCCCAAACAAAGAUUAAAAAAAAAAAAAAAGAUAGAACACAGCUACACGCAGAGGCUGACUAAUUCAACCCAUUUCAUGUUUAACUGUACCCAAAGGAAUGACUCCCUUCCAUCAUCCUAAUGUCUGUAUGCUCAUUGGCGCUAUACUUAAAAUAGAUGCAACGGAGUAAAUCCAUUGCAAGGGCUUUCGGACUAGGAGCAAUGAAAAAAGUUGACAAAUCACACGCCUUUCUCUCAGGCUGAUGUCAACAAGGUACUUCCCAGCAAAGAUCUAGGUCCCUUAUGCCCUGCAGCUCUGAGAUGAAGCACCUCUUACUCAGCUCUCCAGAUAUCUAUUUUAAGCAUUUUCCAACUGUUAAGCUGGCUACAUUUUAGCCCAGCUGGUCUUUGUCUGGUUGUUGCAUGUUAUUUUGGUUGUGGUUUGUAGUCAUUAAAACAGUUGCAGAAGAGGUCCCUGGCAGGCCUUUUCUUAACUACAAAUGGCUCACCAUAGCAGUCAAAACUCCGGGUGGUUUACUGUCACUGGAGGGAAAUCAGUGGUUUGGAAUCAGGAGACAGGGAUGUGAAGAUGUAUAGGGUUCUUGAAAGUCCAAAGCGAAGGUGGAGAAUGGAUUGUCUGUAAGUAGUAAUGUUAACUAAACUGCAUAAAAAGGUGUGUGGCCUUUGUUGUGAUAUAAUAUGUAUUUUCUUAUAUGCAUGAGCCAAAUUGUUGCAUCAUAAUUUAUCAUAAAUGUGUCUGCUUUUACUUUUGGUCAUCUUCUCCCAUCCUUAUUGGUUCUUGGCAAUUACUGUAGAUAGACCUUGUAAAUAUUGCAACUUCAGGUUGCUGUAAUCACAUUGGUUCAAUUCAGCAGACGGAGCUGUGAACAACAAGCACUCCACUGUGUCCUGAAGACAAAGGGCAUUUUUACCUUUGAACCAAAAAAAAAAAACGUAUGCAGAGUUACAUCUUGAGGCUACUAACUGUAAGACAUUUUUAAAACUACUGUACUUGACACCACUUGAGACAGAUACAGAGACACAAAAGAUGUCACAAUAUUCAUUGGUAGUGUAACAGAACUGCUAUUGUAUGGGUUUUUUGUAUUGCUGUUAAGUAUUGUUUUGUGUGUGUGUGUUGGAACCUACUGGGGACAUGUUAUAUUUUGAAGUGAUUAAACUAUUUAAUUGUGUGUCUAUAUUUUGGAAUGGAAUUAUUUCUUCAUUAAAAAGAUUUUUAAAAUUA